AUCUAAUUAUACACACACCACGUAGAGAGAGAGAGAGAGAGAGAGUAGCAAUGGCAACGACAGAGAGAGGUAUGAAUAAAAGAGAGUCAAGCUUGAUUUUUACAGAGAUAACGCCGCCUCACGGAUGGAAGCAAGAUCCAGAUUUUCAUUACUUACGCUUAACACUUCCUGGGUUUGAGGCAAACGACAUCACUAUACACAUGGACAAAUACGGGCAUCUAGUGGUGCGCGGCACCAAACAAGUGACGGAGCACAAGUACAUAAGCUUCGAGGAAACCUUCGACAUCCCCACCGAUGCUAAGCUCGACGAUGCCCUUGGAAUGUUCCAAGAUAACCAAAUCUAUUGUGUUGCUAUACCCAAAGUAAAGGGCCAACAACAACAUGCAAUCACCAUGCCCAAAGUAGACCACAAUGUUAAUAAUCCCAAGCCACCUGAUUAUAAGAGAGAUGGUGCUUCAAUUCAUCGAUACGACACCGAAAACAACAACAACAACGACAACAACAACAACAAUGAGAAACCAGAGGUGUCACGUUCGAGAGAUUAUUUGAAACAUAUUCGAGGAGACAAGACCAAGAUGAAAAUUGCAAUAUGCGUAGUAACAUUGAUUGCUUUGAUUGUGAUCACGGCGGUCAUAAUUGUUAAACUUCGUCGUAGGUAGAUCAUCUUUGUGUACCUUUCGAGUAGGUAAAAUUAUUGGAUGGGAUGUACAUAACAAUUAAUCUCAUUUUAAUUCAUUUCGAAUCUAUGAAAAAUAGAAUUUCAUGUA